CCCUGAUGAAUACAGUUCCCAAUGGUGCAAUAGUGGUAUUUUCACCUUGGGGUAAUCAGCAACUGUCUAAUUGGAUUAAGCCCUGUUCAAUAGAAGGGAUUUCAUGCCUGGUUCUGUAAGCCUGACUGGAGAGGUCACAGACCCUUGAGGAAAACCUACUCCUGCCAUUAGUCCUAAAGCAAUCUACUUUCUAACCAUAUUCUUUAUGUAUAUCCUUACACCCACAGACAGACGCAGCUUACACCACCCAUCAAAUGAGCUUCUUUCUUCAACAGAUGGAGGUUACCACAGAGAUGCACAAUGGGCCAAAAAACAGACCAUAGUGCCCAGCCCCAACCGUUCUACCUAAGGCUUGGAGAACUUCACGGCAGAAAGAUUAUAAGAGUCAGAGGACUGCAAUGCCUGCUUCAAGAUAAAUGUCUUCUAGAUACAAGGACUUUGUGCCCAUGAAAUCUCAAUAACAUGGCUGCCUAAACAAGACCGACACAACUACAAUACCAGUCAACGUUCCACUGUGAAUGGGGGAGCUGCGGCAGAUCCCACCCCGAGAAGAUGAGCUAGUGGUAACUGAUAGCGCCGAGAGAGGGAGGACCUGUGCUUUUGCAGGGAUGAGCUCCCUGUCGGGUUAUCCAGUUCCAGCUGGCAUCCCUAUACAUGUAUAAACACAUGUAUACAUAAGCAACACUAAGCAGACUCAGUAGAUUUUAUGUAUGUAUGUAAAUGUAUAUGUUUAAUUUAUUUAUAGAAGAGGUAAAUUUGAGAGGGAGUGUGGAGGGAGACAGAAGGCAGUAGAGGGUAGAACAAUGUAAAUACAAUAGUCAUGUAUGAAAUUCUCAAACAAAUACAUUUAAAUAAAAAACAGUCAAAAUCAAGUCUUCUGGUUAUGAAAAAUAAAUUUCAGCAUGUGAAUUGUUAGGAUCAUAACCACCUGAUUCUUUCAUCAUCAAGAGACUGAUGACAUCACCACCCACAAAGACUGGAAUAAUCCAAACACUCCACAUUCCAAUGACCGGAAUAACCAAAGUGUGAACGUGUAGAGUGGCAAGCUGGCACACUGAGCUAACUUACUUCAGGCCAUCCUCCCUUUUAAGAUGCUCCAUCUGCCUACUCCAACUACUGUACCAUGAAUGUUGAGGUCUGAUGAAGAACGUGUAUGAAAUUAUUUCAUGAUCUGGACAAAAUAACUGGAAAAGAAUGAGAUACAAAAUAUCAAUCCUGUUACUAUUGGUUUUAAUGUCUCUGUGUGCCCUGUAUAGAGAAUAUCAUUUCAGUAUGAAGAAACUGCAGAUGACAUAUCAGUGCUGGUCCCCGGAAAACCAGCCAGAACCACAGCUGCCAACAAACUGGUUUAAUUCCACCAUGAACUCGACACACAUGCGCAUGAGAACUACCAACUGGUCAGCUCCGAUUGUGUGGACCGACACGUACAAUUAGUCAGCCUUGAAAAAGUAUUAUAAAAAGCAUCCGGUUGCCGUGGGGCUGGUUGUGUUUGCAGUGGGGAGAUACCUUGGGUACUACUUGGGUAACUUUCUGAUAUCUGCUAAUACGUUCUUCAUGGUCGACCAAAGGGUCAUCAUUUACGUCAUGUUGGACGACUUUUCCUAUAUGCCACUGAUAAGUCUGAAUCGUCUCCGGACGUAUAAAAUUUUUAAAGUUAAGCGAGAGAGGAGGUGGCAGGACUUCAGUAUGAUGCGCAUGAAGACCAUCAGUGAACACAUCGCUGAUCACAUCCAGCAUGAAGUGGACUACGUCUUCUGCAUGGAUGUGGAUCAAAUAUUCAAAGGCAGCUAUGGCCUGGAGACCCUGGGCGAGUCGGUAGCUCAGUUACACACCUACUGGUAUAAGGAAAGAGCGAACAAGGUGCCUUAUGAGAGAAAUGAGGCGUCAGAAGCUUACAUACCGCUGGGGCAGGGGGAUUUUUAUUACCACGCUGCUGUCUUUGGAGGCACAGCCACUCAGGUUCUCAAGAUUACUACGGAGUGUGCCCAAAGAAUUAUGAAUGAUAAGAAAAAUAAUAUCGAAGCAGUCUGGCAUGACGAGAGCCACUUGAAUAAGUAUUUCUUUCUCCAUAAACCUACGAAAAUCUUGUCACCAGAAUUUUGCUGGGAUUUACGUAAGGAUAAGACUCCUGAUAUUGAGGCUGUUAAGCUCUCUUGGAAUUCUAAGCAUUAUGAAUUUCUUAGAGAGGAAGUAUAGUCCCCUUGCCCUUGCCUCAUAUUUCUGAACUGAAGAGUAUCAGUUUCCUUGGAAAAUUAGUACCUGGCAUAUUUUCACGAUAAAAAUCCGUUACCAAAUGGCAAGCCCACCAACAGCGAAGUCACCUUCGGCUCACCUCCGUGCUGAGUGAUGCAAUAAGGGGCAGAGGGGUCACAGGGUGAGUCCGCUGGAAGCAGACGGAGAGGCGGUAAUUUCGCAUUGUGCGGAUGCUGCAAACAUAGUGUGCUAGCUCAUGAUGGAACAGAAUAGAUCCUGGGACUAGAAAAGGACACGAAAUAUCCCAGCUGACGAG